UGUUGCAGUCGUUCAGAACGUAGUCGGGAGGAGCGAAGACCUAGCGGAGCUAGAGCGUAGACAAAGCGGAGACAGACCAGAGACAGACCAGAGACAGAACUUCAGAGUCAUCCACGAAGUUAAGAUCUCUCGUUGGAGAUACAGUCCCUGUAGUUCUCAGUUCUCUCGUUUCGAGGCGUUGAGGCUCCCAGCGGACCAGACCCGAGCAGGAAGUCGAGCUCGGCCUCCUGAGCACCGUGCCCGGCCUGGUCAGGUUGAUGUUGAGCAGCUCUCCGCGGCCCAUGAGCAGCGCACCCCGGCGGACAGGUAGACCCAGGACGAGGACCUGGAGCCCGACUAGGAGGAGACACCUCAGCUCCGGCAGCUCCACCAGCAGCACCACAACACAGAGGUGACGUCUAGUCUGACAGCCAUGGGAGGCGGAGAGCGCUACAACAUUCCAGUGUCACACCCUGAACGCCAGCUGCCAAAGAAGACCAAGCAGAGGGGGCGGGACCAGAGUGUUGUCAUCGCCGUGGCAGCGGCCGCGGGCAUCAUGGGCGGCCUUCACAACCACCGGCGGGGCGACAAGAACCCCGCCUACCCCGGCUCCCUGGAGGCGCGGCAGGCCGCGUCGGCCGAGAAGAAGGGGGCGUCGGUGCGCUUCGCCGCCAGCUACGACCACAACUGGGAGGGCGCCGUGUCCCACCUCAACACGCUGCUCGCCGGACAGGGGAGCCCAAAGUUCGCCGGACCCAAGUUCAGCGAGCCGCCCUCCCCCAGCGUGCUGCCCCGGCCCCCCAGCCACUGGGUGUCCUUCCCCAUGCGCUCCGGCGACAGCCGCGAGCUCAUGGCCUUCCAGCUCAAGAGCCUCCUCAAGGUUCAGGCCUGAGGCGGACUCACCUUUGACCUUUCACCCCCCCCUCCCCUCCCUUUUAGUUCGACACACCAACGCAUGAACUGAGGCUCCGUGGGGGGGGGCCGCGGCCCGGUAGCAACGCAGCGGCGCCUAGCGGUCCGGGGGACUGUCGGGGCGUGGGGGGGCAUCGGGUUCACAGCCCGGUGCCCCCCCAGCGCCGCUGGUCCACACCCGGGCCGCUGCCGCUCUGCUGCCUUGCUGCUGGGCGACGGCCCCCCCGCGGAGUCUGUUUCCCUAACGGACGAUGGACUGGGUCCCCUUUGUGCUCCUGCUCUUCUGUUUUGUUUUGCUGAGGCCCCUCAUUGGAGGCGUGGAGGCUCUGACGCUCAUCCACACGUAGCAUUUACGUCCCCGCAUACCCAGCUCAGCUCGUAUGUUGACCUUUUUAUUUUUGACCCAGUUAUUUUGUUUUGACUUGUACCUUUAUUCUGAAAAGACACUUAACAGGGAUGGGGAGAGAUACAGGAGGAGGGGCUUGCGUAUCAUGAGGUCCAAUCAGAACCCCCGGUACCGGAGGGUCACCGGAGACGAUUGCGCCGGGCCUGCGACCGUCAACUCUUGUGUUAUUUUUAAAAAUGCGCUGUGCGCAAUGCACUCUGGGAGUUGAGCUCGCACCCGUCCUCACAGCUCAUUAUUCUGUGUGUGUGUGUGUGUGUGUGUGUGCGCGCGUGUGUGUUCCGCCGUCUCCUGAGGCGGUCGGGCGGGGGGGUCCUAGUGCCAUAUCGAACCCCGGCCAUGAGCAGAACCCCGCAGAACUGUCGUCUCCCUGCCCCUCCCGCUCCGUCAGCAUGGCAGCAGCGUAGCGCCUGCGGAGGUCAGCGGCCUUCGGGCGGCUGGGCUGCGCUGCUGCUGAGGCUUACUGGGGCAGGCGGGGGGUAGUGGGAGACGACCCCGGGCCCUGUUGGAGGGAAGCCCCCCCCCUGAUGUGUGGUAUGAAAGACCAGAAAGAGUGAAUAGUGUGGCCAUCCACAAAACGUACAGAAUCUCACUGCCGCCCCCCCCCCCCCCUUCUCUUGCACUGCAAUCAGACGCGUGGGGCGUAGACUAUCCCCCCCCGGGGGUCUCUGGUCUGGUGAGCCCCCCAUACACCCCUCCUCUCCACCCCUUCCCCCUCCAGACAGCAGCUGUAGUCCGCCCCGGCUGGCAGAACAAAGUACCAGAGCACGAGCUCCGAAGAGCCAUGUAUAUAUUGAAAUGUAUAAAAAUACUUGUAGCAUAUGUACAUUAUGCAGGGGGUUUUCUUCCGCCCUGCGUGACAAAGUAUUUUUAGUAAUAACACUGAAUGUACGGCGCUACGACACGCCUCUACUUCAAAUGCUGAGUUAUUUUUGUUAAAAAAAAGAAAAUCCUUUGCUCAGCACCCUUCACUGGUCUCUCUCCAGUGGUAUGCACUGGUCUCUCUCCAGUGCUCUGCACAUGUGUUAUUUUCUACAGUGUAGGGUCAUGAUGCAGGAGGUGCAAGAUGAGCUGAUCUAAACCGUAAACCAUUUGACCUCUUCUCUGAGACUUUUGCAUGUAUGACCGCCCCAGACCUGUGGUUAUGAUUCUGCUGAUUUUACCCCUAUUUUAACAUCGCCCUGACCCCCUUAAUGUUGAGACCCGUGUCUCCCCCUAUUGGAAAGGUUCUAAAUGCUCUUGCCCUGUAAUAGAAUUCUAAUUUUAACGUCAUUGUUGUCCACUACUUGAAGGUCAUUUUUAAAACGCCAAAUGUGUUGGCUGUUUAACCACAACGGCCAACGGUAGGUAAACUUAAGCCUGAUUUGCACAGUAUUGUAAUGUUAGUCUAAUGCCCCCCCCCUUCAGUAUGCUGAAGGGUUCUUAUUUUGUACCUGAAACGCCAAAUUCAAUCCUCCGUUUACCUCCGCUAGCUGAUGACUGAAUGUGGUGAUUCAUGUGUAACUGGCCGUCCUCGCUGACAUGUUAAUUGUAUUGAGAAAUGUCUGUCAUGUAUGCAAAAGUCUCAACGAAUUUAGAAAAAAAACAAUUGGCUGUUAAUUUGUCCCCCCCUUGUCCGAAGUCACCGAUUAUGAGAGAUGUUUGCCCACCAUGUACAAUUUGGCUUUAAUUCGAAAUGUGAACGAAAUGCACUAUUAGUUUAAACAAAUAUUUAUCCCAAAAAAAUAAAUCCCUUCCCUUACCCCCUAAUUGUGUUGUCUGCCUCUUGAGUUGAAACAAUGUAAUCAGGAUUUUACUCUAGUUAUUAGUGACGGGACAGUAGUCAAUUCUAGAUUCUAAAGCAAUAUUGGGAUACAUUAGCAACUACUUGUUGGAGGAUAAAGUAUGUUUAUUAAUAUUUAAUCUGAUAUUUUUUAUUAGAGCUUGAAAGAUUUACCGUAUUCAUCAAUAACCCAGAACGUUACAUUCAUUCUGGGCUGCCGAGUAGAUGGGGUUGACCCGUUCCAUUGUGUAGGGAAGAGAACUCCUUUAUCUAGGAGCAUCAGACUGGUUAACUUCACAAGCAGCUAACGGACCCUCCCUGUUUGAUAUGUGAGGGCCACCUUACUAUCAGGGGUCCCAUGACGAGUUCUGAAGAACUACAGUGGACCUGGUGCCUCAGUGUCCAGCUUCCUGCUGGACUCCCAGUUCCACACUAGUUAGAGCCCUAAAGUCUAUAAAUCAGUCCUGUUGCUGACUGCAGUCUCAGUACCAAACAUAAGUGCAUGCAUCAACAGAAUAAUAUCUAUCUUAUGUAAGGGAUAAUGUUCAUAGAAUAUCAAUUAGGCAGGUUACAAUAUAGCUGACUCUGAAAUUAGUCGUGCAGGUUUAUAAACUGCCUACACAAUGCAUUAUUUUUUAAAUCACAGCUGGUUUAAUAUUUCAAUAAAUGGGUGCAUGCAGGCAAUCGGGAUGGCAUCUUGAGUGAAGGGUAAGUAGAUUGUUGGUUCUAUGGCCCCAGACUAUGAAAUGUAAAAUGGUUUGAAGCAAAAACAAGUUAAACAAACGGCUAAAGUUUGAAUACAUUUGAGAUCAAAUAUAGAAAAGUUGAGCUGUUCCAAGAUGGAAAUAGGAUCAAAGUAUCAGUGUUGUCAUCACUUGUAGUUGACAUUAUUCCUUCACAUCUAGUUAAUAGAUCAAAAAAAUUAGGCUUACACCGUUUGACAACUGCGUCUCUGCUUUCAUAUAUAGAUAU